CUGAAGGUGAGCAUGGCACACGGUGCGACCCUGGAGUUCUGAUUCUCCUUCCAGGCUUUGCAUUCCAGGAAAACUCACAAUGGCUGACCUUUACCUUUGUAAAUUAAUUCCAGGAUUCUACACACUGAGCUCCUUGCUAUAAAAAUGCAGUUACCCACCAUUGUCCUCAUAACAAGUUUAUUCUGCGUGGUCAUACAGCCUGGAGUGACAGAGGAGCCCUCCAAGUCUAAUGUCUGCGAUGGGAUGCCAGGGCUGCCGGGGCGAGACGGUAGAGAAGGACGGGAUGGAAAAGAAGGCCCACCUGGACCAAAAGGAGAAAAGGGGGACAGAGGAGAAAGAGUCCCUGGCCCACCAGGAAAAGCUGGCCCGCAAGGUUUAGCAGGAGAGAAAGGCGAGAGAGGACUUCAAGGUCCCUCAGGUGCAGCUGGACAAAAAGGUGAUAAGGGAGUUCCAGGAUCUCAGGGUCUAGCAGGACCCAAAGGUAGUCAGGGUGUAGCGGGACCACCAGGUCCAGCUGGGCAGAAGGGUGACAAAGGAAGUCCAGGAGCUCAAGGUUCAGCAGGGCAGAAAGGAGACAGUGGCAAUCCUGGAGCUCAAGGUGCAGCUGGGCAGAAAGGCAGCCAAGGACCUGCUGGGCCUCAAGGUCCAGCAGGACUAAAAGGUGACAAAGGAGUACCAGGAGCUCAGGGUUCAGCAGGGCAGAAAGGUGAAAAAGGACCACCAGGAGGACCAGGUCCAGCAGGACUGAAAGGAAGCCAAGGAACAACAGGAGUCCAGGGUCCAGCUGGACAGAAAGGUGCACAGGGACCACCAGGACCUCAAGGCACAGCAGGCUCUCAAGGGCCUCCAGGAGCACAAGGUCUAGCAGGACCAAAAGGUGACCUUGGAAAACCAGGAGCCCCGGGCUCAGUAGGACAAAAAGGUGAAAAGGGAAGUCCAGGCAUUCAAGGUGCAGUAGGACAGAAAGGUGUACAGGGAACACCAGGUCCUCAAGGUCCAGCAGGGCUUAAAGGUGAACAUGGAAUACAAGGUGCUCAGGGUGCAUCAGGGCAGAAAGGGAGUCCAGGAAAUCCAGGUGCUCAGGGCCCAGCAGGUCAGAAAGGUGCCAGUGGAAAUUCUGGAGCCCAAGGUCCAGCUGGACAGAAAGGCAGCCAAGGAACGCCAGGGACACCAGGUUCAGCUGGACAGAAAGGAGCCCAAGGACCACCUGGUGUGCAAGGCCCAGUGGGACAGAAAGGCACCCAAGGGACACCUGGAUCUCAAGGUGCAGCUGGACAGAAAGGUGACAAGGGAACACCAGGAACCACAGGAGCGUCUGGUCAGAAAGGAGAUCGAGGGAUACCCGGGUCACCGGGUACAUCAGGACAAAAGGGUGACCGUGGUUUACCAGGAGCAACUGGUACCCAAGGAGUGGCAGGAAAAAAUGGAGCACCUGGAUCACCAGGUGGCAAAGGUGACAAAGGAGAACUUGGGCCUCGAGGACUACCAGCAGAUGUCAACCGCGUCACACAACUGGAAAGCCAACUUCAGGUGCUGAGACUCAGCAUCUCCAAGCUUGAAAAACGAAUUCAAUUCUUUAAUUGGAAUUCUUACGGACAAAAGAGUUUCGCCUCCAAAAACGUGAAGUUAUCGUUUGAAAACGGUCUGAAGGUCUGCGCUGAGGCCGGCGGGCAAAUUGCAAUGCCAGCAAACGAAGGGGAGAACAACGCAAUCACCGCCGUCGUCAAAGCAUCCCUCGGAGACGCCUUCCUCGGGUUGAAUGACAGGAAGACGGAGGGCACAUUUGAGGACGUCAACGGGAAGCCGGUGACAUUUAAAAAAUGGAAAGGGGGAGAGCCCAAUAAUCAUCAAGGAAAGGAGGACUGUACUGUUAUCAUGUCCAAUGGGUUGUGGAACGACGUGUCCUGUGACUCGGCUUACGCAAUCAUCUGCCAGUUUCAGUGAAAUUAGCCGGAAGGUGAAGGCAUGUAGACCGACACCUCUGGGGAUGUGACAGGCCUGUCCUCAAGCGUCCUAAUCCUGCCUCGUGUUUAUUACUGGCAUUUUGCAGCAUAGCUUCUUUUCAGUAGUAACAUUAGCCCCCCACCCCUCCUGGGUACGAUGCUGACUUUUUUUCCAGACUGUAACAGUGGCAGAUUCCCAGACUACCUCUCUGGUAUUUCAUCAGUCUUUAUAUACAGUAGCUCUUUUAACAGUCUGCUACUCUGGUCAUUACUAGCAUGCCGACAUUAGCGACCCCUCUUGGUCAAGAUGCCUCAGUGCUCUAACAUGUUAGAAUGGCAGCACCCAUGAAACCCAAGGAGAAUGCCUUGACUGACUGCACACUUAUUUCCUGCCUACAGCAGCGUUUCUCAAACCUUGAAGUAUCUGCGACCCGAGUUUUGAUAAAAGUUUUAAUCGUGCCCCCUCUAACGUUUUUUUGAAACCCUAAUAAAAUUUAUUCCUAUAUUUUUUGCUGCCGAUACACCGCUACAAGUUUAAAAUUUCCCUACGAAUAGCGAAAUUACGCCACAUAUGGCAACAUUCGCGCCCCCUUUUUUGUUUUUGAGAACCGCUGGCCUACAGUUUAAUCCAUCAAUCUCUAUAUAGCGCCUUGAACAGUCUGUCUAUAUUAGUCAUUACUGGCAUUCUUUAAAUAAGCACCCCUUCCUGGUUAGGAUGCCCCCCCAGGUAAUAAGAACGGCAGCUUCCCAUACCAGCUUCCUUCUCAUAUUUCACCCUAUCACUCUUUAUAUAGUGCCUUUAACAGAAGGUUGUUCUACUCAUUACCAGCAUGUUAGCAUUAGUGCCCCCUAUUGGUCAAGAUGAAUCCACGCCAAAAGAUGAUAGAAUGGCCUCUUCUGUGAAAUCCACACUAACUCUCUUCCCAUCCAUCCAUUUUCCAACCCGCUGAAUCCGAACACAGGGUCACGGGGGUCUGCUGGAGCCAAUCCCAGCCAACACAGGGCACAAGGCAGGAACCAAUCCACCGCAGGACACACACAAACACACCAAGCACACACUAGGGCCAAUUUAGUAUCACCAAUCCACCUAACCUGCAUGUCUUUGGACUCUGGGAGGAAACCCAUGAAGACACGGGAAGAACAUGCAAACUCCACACAGGGAGGACCCGGGAAGCGAACCCAGGUCCCCAGAUCUCCCAACUGCGAGGCAGCAGCGCUACUCACUGUGCCACCGUGCCACCCACUCUCUUCCCAUUCUCCAAUUAAUCAGUCUUUAUAUAGCGCCUUUAAAAGCGUGUCAUUCUAGUCAUUACCAGUAUGCUAACAUAACCAACCCUCUAUUGGUCAAGAUGCCUCAGUGCUCUAACAUGUUAGAAUGGCAGCACCCAUGAAACCCAAGGAGAAUGCGAUGGCUGAGUGCACACUUAUUUCCUGCCUACAGUUUAACCCAUCGAUUUCUAUAUAGCGCCUUGAACAACCUGGUUAUAUUAGUCAUUACUUAGGAGCAGAAACUGAUACCAUAUAACAAACCAACUCAGGAUCCCAGAUUAGGACCCAAGUGCAGCCGUGCAACGGGUGACACCUCAGCACCACACUCGUUCAGAUGGCGUGCAGCACUGUGAGGUUUUUUUAUAGUGGCUGGAGUGCCAGUUCUGCCACCAACCCCCAGGUUUUUCCCUGCAGGUUGGAGGGCCUACAUGCAGAUUAACGUCAUACCCAGGACGGAGGUUAAGGGCCCAACAGAGUAGAGUCACUUCUGGCGUUUAACGGAAUUCGAACCGGAAACCUUCCGAUUACCAUCACAGAUCCCUAGCCUCAGAGCCACCACUCUGCCCUUACUGUCAAGUAGUCAUUACUGGCAUACUUUAAAUAAGCACCCCUGCCUGGUUAGGAUGCCACCCCCACGAGCUCCAGGUUAUAAGAACAGCAGCUUCCCACAAUAGCUCCCUUCUCAUAUUUCAACCAAUCAAUCUUAAUAUAGUGCCUUUAACAGCAGGUUCUUCUACUCAUUACCAGCAUGUCGGCAUUCGUGCACCCUCUUGGUCAAGAUCCCCCCCAAGCUGCAAGGUCUAGCAAUGGCACCUUCAGCAAACUGUGAGAGAGAGAGAAUGUGAGGGCCGCCUGCAUGCUCACUGCUUUAAUCGGUCAGCAUUAUAUAGUGCCUUUGACAGUGUGCUCUACUAGUCAUUACCGGUCGUGGUAGCAUUAGCACCCCCUUUUGGUGAAGAUGCCUCAGUGCUCCAGAAUGCUAUAAUGGCUGCAGCCAGUGAAACCGGAGAAGAACGGCUGCAUACUUACUACCUGCCUCUAGUCUAAUAAAUCAAUCUUUAUAUAGUGCCUUUAACAGACUGCUACAAUCGUCAUUGCCAGCGUGCUAACAUUAAUGCCCAUCUUACCCCCAAACUCCAAGAAACUACAGCUUCUGUAAACUCCAAGAGAAUGUGGAGGCUGGCUGCACACUAUCUGCACAUACUUUUAUUAAUCCAUUUUAAUAUAGCGCCUUGAACAGCCUGCUGUAUGGGUCAUUACAGGAAUGCUUUAAUUAGCACCUCCUCUGGGGUAAGAUGCCCCCUGAGCUCCAGGAUAUAAGAAUGGCACCCUCCCACACCAACUCCAUUCUCAUAGUUCAAACAAUCAGAUUUAUAUAGCGCCUUUAACAGCAUGUUAUCCGAGUGAUUAGUGACCCCAGCAUGUUUAAGAUGCCUUCGUGUUCCCGACUGUUAGAAUGGCAGCUUCUGUGCCAUAAUAACCCACACUGGCUCACAACUCAUGCACCAAUCAGUCAUUCCUUAUAUAGCGCCUUUAAAAUCAGGCUACAUUAAUCAUUACCAGGCAGCUAACAUUAG